AUGGAGUGUACUGCGAAGGCGACUUGUGCUUUGACUCUGGACGUCCCAUCAAGGGUAUACGAUAUCGCUGCUCGCAAUGCCCGACGGACUUUUGUGGCCGAUGCGUUCGAAAGCCAAAUGGAUUCCACAAUGAGAGCCAUGUCCUCUUGGCAUGCCCGGGACCACACGCGGCACCCUGCGAAGACGAGCUCUACGCCUCAGCAAGAACACCCUCGCGACGAGGUUGCUCACGUUUUGAGCUUUCCCAUUUCACAAGGGCGGCCAAAAGCUCGCCAGCGCUAUCUUGACCAGAGACUGGAGGCCCGGCUGGAGCUCGGCGAGGUCGUGACAUACGACUACUCAAGCACCCCGGUUACGCAGGCGUGGUAUCUUCAAGGACCGAAAGUUCCCAUCAGGCUGCUCGUUCUUCAAGCGGCCAGUCAUCGACAUGAAUCAUUGAUGUGCCAAUUCCGCAUAGCAGACCUAGUGGAAGAUGUACCACAGUACGACGCUGUCUCAUGUGCUUGGGCAGACCUCGUUCGCGGAAGUGUACACGGAAAGCCGGAAAAAGGUUCGCUUGAGGGAACGGAAGCUAUCUACAUUGGCGAAAACAGCUUUUUGGAGGUUAGUCCGUCCCUUGCAGGGGCUUUGCGAUCUCUACGGCUCUCAGACGCGCCUCGUGUAAUAUGGGUUGAAGAACUAUGCAUCGAUUCGAGCAAUGUGCCUGAGAAAAGUGCUCAGAAUAGAGCGAUCGGCCUUAUCCACAACCGUGCUGUACGCACGAUUGUCUGGGCUGGGGAUAGCAGCGAGGGGAAUGUGGCUACCACAUCACUGAUCUCGCUCUUAGCGAGCGUUGGCUGCGGCGAUCCAGGACCGGCAGUAUCACCGAUCGACUUGAAACUACGAACGGAACCGACUGCGUGGAACCACGUGCUCCAGCUCUUCCCACCCGCUGCUCGGGAUAGUGCUCUCAAAUCUAAUGACAUCGAUUUUGCCAAAUCGGCAGUGUUCCAGUUUGGUGACCUCGUGCUUCCAUGGGGGCAGGCUAAGGCUGUGGCGAGCUUCCUGUCCAGCGAGACCUGGGGAGCUGCGGUGGGUUUUGAGCGCAGCAAUCCUUGGUUUGCCCACGAAAGGGCUGACAGCAAACACAAGGCCACAAGACUUCUGGAAGGAUUGGAAACAGUGGAUUCCGUCAUCAGGUCACGCAUCGAAAGACCAGACCGCGUUGGCAGUGAAGAGCCUAAGGACGACUCCUCUCCAGUCAUCCCAGACCGUGACCCAUCUGGCCAGAUCAGGGGAUAUGGCGAAGGUCUGGUCGAAUAUGAGACUGCUAGAGAGGCUGAUCCAACCGAUGAUGGAACGCUUACAAUGUUGAGCGAGACAGCUUCUAACCAGGAAGACGUCGAAGGCGAGCAGGCACAAGAAGAGACAGUCAUCCAGCGAGAUACACCGAUCGAAGACCGUACAGCUAUCGAAGACAACAAAAGGUUCGAAGGGAGUACAGCUAUCGAAGACAACAAAAGGUUCGAAGGGAGUACAGCAAUCGAAGACAGUACAACAAUCGAAGACAACACAGCGCCGGAUGUCACCAUCAAAAUGCCCGCAGAAAAUCCAGAUCUCAUUAAAGCACUCAUGCUACAGACAUCAGAGCCCGGUUUACGAAGUCCCAUGAGAUCGUUCGUCUGCAUAGCCCAUGCUAAUGCUUCGAAGUCCUGCGGCGACUUACUGUAUGGCGAUUAUCUUGAGGGCACUCCGGGAUCACUGCGUGCCCUCGCUAUGGAACUGGGUGGUCGAAUCAUCUGCGGCCCAGCUCUGCAACAAAUUCCGACCAACUCCUCGGGUGCUACCACCCAACUACACUCAUCACCUGGUCCGUCCUUUAAACUGGGUCCUGUAUCGUCAUGUGGUACGGCACCUGCGAGUACUCUACCGGCUCUCCCUGCUCGGGCUCCUGUUAUUUCGCCUGGCAACCCCAUUGGCAAUAGCACUACCACCGCGGCACCAAGUAAGAAGUGGCUAGAAGUCUGCUUUCCGUCUGGACCGGAUACCUUUGCGCUUGCAGAAAUCAAUAUUUCGGAAGAUAAAACAGACCAUAGUGUCUUCAGUGAGAUGAGCGAGAAGUACUAUUCGGUCAGAAAGCCGGCCCAUUUGCUCUGUAGAUUCGCAUAUCGAAAGGCAAUUGGCGGUGGCACUAUCAGCUUCCGCAAGGAUCAGCUGGCUAAAUCAACUGGCGAUCCGCCCACUGUGAGCAUCAUGCAGCGCUCGUGUAUGCCGACCAUCUAUGACGCACGCGAUCACAGUUACUCAUUCGAUCCAAUGCCCAUGGACGAGCCUUCAAUCGACUCUCGCACCUUCAACCAUUACUUCCACAAGCCGCAUUUGUGUGACAAGUCGCGCAUUUGGAUCACACGUCUCCCUCAGCUCCAUGGAGCGUCCUUCUACUGGUCAACCGAGAGGCUGAAGAAGGGCUGGGGACUGGAGAUUGUUGAGGAACGGAACUGGAUGAUACUGGCAUGUGUCAACUUGAUAAUACUGCUUCUGAGCGGUGGGCUGGCUGCCAUUUCUGCAUGUGUGCUUCAUGAUAACCCUACUGGUGUGGCUAUUGGCACUUGGCUCACUACGGUGCAAGCGUUGGCUGCCACUACGGUGUUCUGGCACUUCACGGGGUAG